AUGGUGGCGGCGGCGGGAGGAAGUUCGCUGGCUCUCUCCGGGCCGAGGCCGGGCGCGGAGUGGGCGACGGUGCCGUACGGCGGCACCCUCCUAGCGCCGCCCGAGGGGAAGCAGCAGAGGGCAUCCAGCUUGGAGUCUCCGAUCAUGCUGCUCACGGGGCACCAGAGCGCGGUGUACACGAUGAAGUUCAACCCUUCGGGAUCGGUGAUCGCCUCCGGUUCCCACGACAGGGACAUCUUCCUCUGGAACACCACCGGAGACUGCAAGAACUUCAUGGUGCUGAGGGGCCACAAGAACGCGGUCCUGGAGGUGCAGUGGAUGGCCGACGGCGCCCAGGUCAUCUCCGCCAGCGCCGACAAGACCCUGCGCGCCUGGGACGUCGAAACUGGGCGCCAGGUGAAGAAGAUGACUGAGCACCUCUUCGUGGUGAACGGCUGCAGCGCCUCCCGCAGGGGCCCGCCGCUGGUGGCGAGCGGCUCCGACGACGGCACCUCGAAGCUGUGGGACCUGCGGCAGCGCGGCUCCGUGCAGAAUCUUGGCACGGAGCACCAGAUCACGGCGGUGGGCUUCUCCGACGCCUCCGACAAGGUCUACACCGGCGGCGUGGACGACGUGAUCAAGGUGUGGGAUCUCCGGCGGGUGGAGGUGGUGGAGAAGUUGCAGGGUCACAGCGACACGAUCACGGGGAUGCAGCUGAGCCCCGACGGGUCGUACCUGCUCACUAACGCCAUGGACUGCACGCUGCGGAUCUGGGACAUGCGGCCGUACGCGCCGGAGAACCGCUGCGUGAAGAUCUUCGCCGGCCACCAGCAUAACUUCGAGAAGAACCUGCUGCGCUGCGGAUGGUCGCCGGACGGGAGCAGGGUUACGGCGGGGAGCGCCGACCGGAUGGUCUACGUCUGGGACACCACCUCCCGCCGCAUCCUCUACAAGCUCCCCGGCCACACCGGCUCCGUCAACGAGACCGCCUUCCACCCCGCCGAGCCCGUCAUCGGCUCCUGCAGCAGCGACAAGCAGAUCUUCCUCGGCGAGAUCUAA